ACCGCGCUGUUUGACCCCAAGCUCGAACCGCUGAUUCCGUCCGAAGAAAAACAACAAGUUUCAGACGCCAAAAUGCUGAACGCGGAGCUGGUUUCGGACCGAGUCGCCAGGAUGAAGCUGGAGGCGCGUCGCGGCCGAGAGGAGGAGAGGAGGGGGAGGAUUUUUAACGAAAAAGAGCGAACCAACGGGGUGGAUAAGGAGGCUUUAGACAUGCAGGUAGAAGAAAAAAAGAGAAGCGAAGAGGCCGAAAAAGAGGAACAAAUGGCGUAUGAUGCCGAUGUGCUCCAGCACAGCAAAGCGGCUCUCCUCCUCCAGCAGAGGCAGGCCAGGGCGCGGCGAGCCGCCCAAACGGCCGCCCUGGCCUUCAGGGGCCAGCAGGACCCGGGAUCGGACCCGGACCCCCAGAGGGACCCGGACCCGGCCGGGGCCGACCUGCAGAUGAUCCUCCCCGGGCUGGCGGGCGAGGACCCGGAGAGCGGGAGCAGGCGGGGGAGACAGAGGGAGCAGCAGAGGGAGUGGCUGGCCCAGCAGCAGGACGAGCGGCAGGCCGAGAGGCAGAGGCUGGAGCUGGAAGCGCUUCACUACGAGCAGACCAGGCUGGAGAUGAACAACAAGGCCGCAGAGCUCCACAGCCUGGAGAUGGAGAAGAGGAGGGAGGCGGCCAUGGAGACCAAAAACUACAACCUCAUGAAGGUGCGUUUAAGCCGUCACAUGAUGGGGGCCCAUCCGGACAGUCUGCAGCAGCUCCGGCAGAUCCAGAAACAGCAAAUGGAGGAGAAGAAGUGGGACCGCGCCCGGACGGAGGCGGCCCGCCGGGCGCUGCUGCUGGAGCGGCAGCAGGCCCGGAGGGGCCGCCAGCUCAGGAAGCACCUGGACAGCACCAACGUCCAGCUGGCCCGGGCCCAAAGGGAAAGUUCAACACCUGCAGCAGAUGAGGGCGGACGGACGGACGGCGAGCAGCGAGGGACAAACGACCAAUAA